CUCAUAAUGUCAAAAUAAUAAACUUACCAGCAAAGAUUUUUUGCUUACCAGCGGUGAUUUGAAAAUUUUUAUCACAUGAAUGGCUCAUAUUGCUCAUAGUCAAGAAAUUUAAUUUUAAUAAAUUGGACUCCAGGAAAUGCAAAACACAUAAAUCAAAAUGAAUCUACUUUUCAAAUUUCUAGUUAUAGUCUCAAUUCUCGUAAAUUGUUCUGGAUCAAAAGUAUUGGAGUUGAGUGAUAAGUUUCCGACAAUACGCAAACAAGGUAAUACUCAAUGGCUAGUAAUGUUUUAUGCCCCCUGGUGCGGCCACUGUAAACGACUUGAACCUGUUUGGGCACAGGUUUCCCAGGCUCUGUAUAGAACAAAUCUCAGGGUUGGUAGAAUAGAUUGUACUCGAUUCACAUCUAUAGCUUCUGAAUUCUCAAUUAGUGGCUUUCCCACUAUUAAAUUUAUAACAUCUGAUAACGAUUUCACUUACCAUGGUGACCGAAACAAGGAAGACAUAAUAAAUUUUGCAUUGAGAAUGGCUGGUCCCCCUGUUCAACAAGUCACUAGGCCAGAAAGCUUAGCAAAUUUGAAAGGCAUGAAUCAGCUGUUUUUUAUGUAUGUGGGGGAUCAGGAAGGUCCUUUGUGGGACUCGUUCAAUAAUGUUGCAACUAAAAUGCAACCACAUAGUUUCUUUUAUGUAACAACUAAAGAAAUAGCUGGUUCUCAUGUCAAUAUCUCCAGGGAUUUGCCUGCUGUUUUUGUACACAAGGAUAAUCUUCAUUAUUUUUAUUCAAUUGACAUGAACUCAAGUGAUCCAGAUCACCUCAAUAACACAAUGUAUAAUUGGAUCAAUGAGGAACGCUUUGCAACAUUCCCUAAAAUCACCAGAGGCAACAUCAACGAAAUCCUUCAGACCAAGAAGUACAUUGUUCUUGCUGUAGUUGAAGAGGACAAAGCUCAUGAAGUACCACAGGAUAUGUUGAGAUUUCGAAAUAUGGUAGAGUCGGUAAUCUCUAAAAAUCGUGAGAAAUACCACAGGUACUUCCAAUUUGGAUGGGUAGGAAAUCCGGAGUUAGCAAACAGUAUUGCAAUGAAAGUACUGCCUUUACCCUAUCUGUUGGUUCUCAACAGUACUACUAAUCACCAUCAUAUACCUGAGGAGGAAGAUGCUCUUCAAAUGACGACAGAGUAUUUGGAGGACUUCCUGGAGAGAAUUCAUAACCAAUCAGCACCCGUAUAUGGGGGAAACAGUCUCAUUGUAAGGUUGUAUAGGACAUAUUUUGAGGCGAGAACUUCAUUGUCAGACAUGUGGAGGGGUAACCCAGUUUUAACAACUGUUCUUUUCGGUUUGCCACUUGGAUUUCUUUCCCUGAUUUUGUAUUCAAUUUGUUGUGCCGAUAUUUUGGAUGCGGAUGAGGAUGAAGAAGAAGAAUUACUACAUGAGAAGAAAGAAUAAGUGUGAAGAAGUGUUUUUUAGAACAGGUAACUUUAUAUGGAUGCUCUAUUUCUUGAUUUUACCAAGUAGUACUUGGUAUGUGUAGCUAAUCUGUAAUGCUCUUACUGUACUGAAUUUUAGAAUUCCUCCAGAUAAUUUUAAUCAACCAAAAACAUUUUACUUAUAAGUCCCUAGUAUUGCUAUUGAGGGUAAUUUUAUGUCGCCAUAUUUUUUUAAAUAUUAUUUAUUGAAUUUAUACCAAGAAUAUUUUAUUUUAUGCUCAGUGCUUUCAAAACCAAUCCAAAAAAAGCUGUUGAAGAUAAAUGGAAAAGAAAACAUUCACCUUGCUUGAUCCAACUUCGAAAAAUGUGUGAUGAUUUUGCAAAACUUGCCACAUCUUCAUCAUUUUAACAUUCACAUGUAUCAGUGUCUCAUACUUAUUACAAUAGCUUUCAAAUUAGUUGAUCUUCACUUAAGGGUCAUUUGCAGUGUUGUCAAAUUGUAAGCAAAGGUAAUAUA